UGUGCGGAAGGAACUCCGGAACCAAGCUGUCUUUCUGUGUCUCCCCAGCCCUGCAGAGACAGCCUGUGGGCACAGCCUUCUUCUCCCCGCCGCUUCUGCCAUGGGCGCUAGUGAACGGCCCCCUUCACCAUGAACUGUGACCCGGCUGGCACUCUCCAGUGGACCUGUGUCCCUCGCCCGGGACCUGACAGCCUGGUCACUUCUUCAUUUCUGAUGUGCUUAAUCCUCAUGGAGCUACAUCCGUAACCAUGGCGACGCGGGUCGAAGUUGGCUCCAUCGCAUCCCUGAGGGCGGGGCCAGGCCUCGGUGACAUCAGCAGGGAGGAAGCCCUGAAGAGGACCUACUUUUGCCAGACUGGGGAUGCCUCCGGGGCUCCCUCCACUAGGAUCCUAAGAGCGAAAAGCCCCGUACGGCCCCACCUGUUCCCUUUGCCCCUUGCUCCCAAGCCUUUCCUUAAGGAGCAGGUCUCUGAGAAGAAGGCUCCUGUCACAUCUUCGUGGCCUGGUGCCACCCAGUCUUGUCCUUCCGCUGAGGCUGACAAGAAGAAAGCUGAAGAGGACUUGGUUAAAAGGAUGCCGAGCUUAGCCGGCCAGGAAGCAGACAGAGGGGAGACCCUGCCGAACGGCCCGUCUGUACCUAACAAGGCCACGUUCCUGAGGGCUGGCCCCAGCACCAUGGGCAUCUUUGAAACAGCCAAAGCUGGACCCAGCCUGGGCAAAGGAACCAGUGAGGGGAGCCGGGAGGCCAGCUCCCGGGGAGCCCAGACAUCUCCCUUAAGUGCCAGGCCUGAGGUGGCCACCAAGCCUGCCCUCCCUGCUCGAAAGCCCCCAGUGACUCUGCCCCGACCAACCUCCCUGUCACAGGACACUGGAUCUACUGUGUCCCAGGAGGAGGCAGACCGAGCCCAACCUUUGCCAAAGGCCCACAGUGUGGAGGACCCUGCUGGCCAGGCUCCAGAGGCCAAGCCUCACCUGAAGAGACGGCCCAUGUCAGCAGUGUUCAGCGAGUACCUGCAGCCCCCAAAGCCAGGCCCAGGUGGAGUGGCAGUCACGGGCAAAGUCCCCCCUACACCUCCAGAGAAGACGUGGGUGAGGAAACCCAGGCCUCUGUCUAUGGACCUGACUGCUGUGUUUGAGAACAGAGAAAUGUUGCUGAGGAAGGUGGGCAGUGAGCAGAAUGCAGCAGAGAACCAGGGCCCGGAGAAGACCAGGACCAUCAUGGAACCCAAGGGUGAUGCAGAGGGCCCUGCCCGCAUGGACGCCACUCCUCAGGACCCUGACUCAGACUUCCAGGAGGUGGCCAAGAAGCUCCAUGCACGGAGGGAGAAGACCAUUCUUAAGCAGGCAGAUACAGACAGUCCCAGGACUCCAAGGGCCAGGGCCAUCCCUGGAGACGAUCAGAGUCCCCAGGAAGAGGAAAGGCCAGACCAGCAGUCAGAGAAGAUGCCAGAAUCCCCUUUGCCCAGGCCAGGAAGAGGCCUGGGGCUGGCCGAGGUCAAGGCUGGAGGAUCUGACCAGGAGGCUCCUGCUGGGACAGAGAGGAAGUCUGUAGGGAGCAUCAGGAAGCGCCUCAGUCUGUUUGAGGAAGAGAGCACUGUGGCCUUGGCAGUGGUGUCUGAGCCCUCCCCUAUGACCCCUGAGUCCCCAUCCACAUUGCCAGAGCCUGAGAGAGCUGGUGUGAAUGUUCAGGCUCGGAUCAAAGGCUGGACUGUGGAAAGCGCAGGUGCGAAGCCAGAGGUCAGGAGAAGGGCGUCCCAGACGCGGCCACUGUCUAUGGACCUGACCAAACCGUUCUCACGGUCGCCUUCCAGCAGUGAGGUCGGGUACGAGAAAUGUGCUCUGCUGGGUGGUGAGCUCCCUGGAGAAAAGCCUAAGGAAGGGCGCGGUUUGGAUGGAGCCCCCACCACAAAAAGUCCCUGGAAGCCUGGGGUACCCCAGAAGUCUAGGCAGACAGAACCCAAAGAUGCUUCUGACCAGGACCCUGACAGGUGUCGGCGUGCACACUCAACAGGAGACCCGGGUCCUUCUGAAGUCAGUCCAGAGGAUGAUGGAAGCUUCCAGAAGGUGUGGGCCACGGUGUUUGAGCAUCAUGUGGAGAGACACACAGUGGUUGACCAGACAGGCCAUUGUCUCUCGCCUGUGCCCCCUCAUGAUGUGGCUGACAUCCCGGAUCCCAAACCCAGGCCUGAGAAAGGCUAUUGGCUAGGGAAGGACCCUCCAGGGGUUAUAAACAAGAGAGGCAGCUCCAGGUGGUCCGACCAUGCUGACCCGGGGAUGCUGGGACGCGCUGUCCUUGUGGAUGUGGAGCUGAGACAGUAUCCUACAUCUGUCCCUGAGACACCACACCCCGUGGGAGAAGAGCACAGCAGUCACUCUGUCCUGAGGCAUCUAGAAAGUCCCCCUGUGUCCCAGAGGAUCCAGGCCAAGUAUGAUAUUGUGCAUGCCUCCGGGGAGCAAGCACACAGCGAGGCUGUUUCCAGGGUGCCCGAGGAGAAGGCGGUGACACUGCGCAGUGGCAGACCCCGGCUCUCACUGCAGGGCCGGCAGCUGUCCCAGGAGGUCAACCCUACUCAUGUGGAAUGUGCUCUGCAGGCUCAUGGGGGUGCUGUGCAGAGGGCAAGUUCAAUAUGGGAAGCUCGGGGUCAGGAGGCCAGUGGGCCAAAGCUUGAUGGUCAACAACCAAGGGACGGGUUUGGGAGUAGCUGCCCAUCAUCCAAAUGGACAGGAGGCGUGGUGGCCAGCCGGCAUAGCACUUCUGUGGCCAGCAAAGAUCUCAGUGCCCCUCAAAGGGGUCCAUCCUGGGAUGGUUCUUCACAUCCUCCAUCCAGGGGCACCGUUGAGCCCGGUGACUCCCAAGUACAGGCAAGGCCCAACUCAUUGCCUCUGCAGAAAGGUCCCCUCACAGUUGGUGGUGAGGAUAACCCUAGGCUGGUCCAGGCAUUCCAGCCUGAAGUCAGAAUGCGGAGGUCCAAUCCUUCGGAGCCAAGGAUGGACAGGUGGAGACGGCGGACUCUGCCCCACGAUGUCAAGUUUGAUGCGUUCAGCCUGCUCACGCCAGAGAGCACUUCCAGAAGGCAGCAGGGGCCUGCAGAUGACGUGACCUCCCCAACCUGUGCCUUAAAGAGACCUCCAUUGUCCCACCUCCAGGCACAAACUUGGGAGGUGACAGCAGGUGCCUCACACAGUAGGGCUUCUCCAGUGGAGAAGCCGGGGCCAUCUGCUGAACCCAGUGCAACUUUCUUUGCGGUGACCUAUCAGAUUCCUGACAUUCAAAAGGCCAAGAGUAUUGUUCAGCCAGGGCCUGAAAAUGUGUCGGCACCUUCUAGAAGAACGGCUCCCCCUCUGUCACCUCGUUCUUUUGUGUCUACUCUGGCUUCUCCUAGCCAUGAAGAGCCACAGACUCCUCCCAGCAGUAAGGGCUGGACUCCGGGGAGAGAAUACGAAGAAGUAAAGAGCCUUUCAAAACACCUGAAGGCCACGGAUCAGCCGUCAUCUGCCGAGGACAGGAUGCUGGAUCCUUCCAGGGACAGAGUCAUUGAUGUGGACGCUCUGUGGAUUCAUCGAGGGUCAGAAGAUGUCACUUCGAAGGACAGCAGGAUCAGGGCAUCCUCAGGCAUGGACGCCCCACAGACUUCCCCGGUCCUGAGGCACCCCAAAAGUCUCCUGGUCAGGAGGAGGACAGAAGUGAUCAGCGAGACGUUCCCAGGGAAGAUAAGAGAUGGCUACAGGUCUGGUGUCCUUGACAUUGAUGCCCUGAUGGCUGAGUACAAAGAUCAAUCAAACAGAGUCCCCAGCAAGGCCCAGGAGCAGAGGGACAGUCCUGCCGAGCCCCGUGGCUCCCCUCAGGAGAGAUCAGGUUGGCCCACAGAGGUGGAGUGGGGGCGGAGGAGCCUGAAGGAAGCUCCCCAGUUAGACAGUGUUGGGAAACAAGCAGGAACCUCUGUGAAAACUCCCCAGUCCCCUGGUCCCAGCAAACAGCCAGCAGAGCCCCUUGGGGCAGCCAUGACCACCAAGUCUGGCCUGCCACUGUGGGCACCACCGCACUCGGUGCCUGUGGAAAACUGCCCUUCCCCUGUCCCUUCUGGCUCCAGGAGAAAGUCCUCAGGCAUCGCCGAGUGUGAGAGCAAGCCCUCCUCCAGUGAGCAUCAGGAGGCAAAGUAUAGACAAGGCCCAGCCAAGUCCCAGGAACCGGGUAUCGGGGACAGAAUCUCCCCCAGGUCACCUCCCUCUGACCGGAAGAAAGGGAUGCCAAAGAGGUCCACUGGUCAGGGAGUGGAGGGCAAUGGGGUGCAGUGGGGAAACCCCCCACGGGACUGUACUUGGUCACCACUGGACAUCAAGAGGGCCUGCUCAGAGAAGGGCCCACCAGCCAGGGUCCGGGAGGGCCUGUCUGUCAUGCAGGAUGCCAGGCAGCGGAGACGAGAACAGCUCAGAGAGAAGCCGGGUCUCCCCACUCAGACCCCCAAGGCCACGGCAGGACCCUGCCAGAAGGAGGCAAGGCAGCCAGAUGGUACUAAGGUGCCUCUGCAGAACCUGGAGCAGGGGGAAGGUCUGCAGGACAGCCAGCAGCCUCACCGGAAGGUGUCCCCCGUGGCCUCUGUGCCCAGGCGAAGCCACAGCUUUUGCAAGGACAAGAGGAGCAGUCCCUUUGUGAACCAGCUGAAACAGUGCUUCUCCAGGCGAGCCCCCGAGGCCAAGGACACUGACACCCUCGUGCAUGAAGCCGACAGCCAAUAUGGGACCUGGGCAGACCAGGACCAGAAUGGAGGCAGUUUUGGCCCCGAGUCCCCAUCGUCUCCUGACAGCAGUGCUGCGUCUGCCGGGAAACACCAACCAAGUAGCCACCUGUCCUCGUACACAGAGUCCACAUCAGUGGAUCAGCACGACAGCUCCAGGGACCGGCGCAGCUCCAGCGUGGACCGCUCCAGUUCCGAGCUGGAGUCCACAGACGGCCCAGAAGGGCCGCCUCCAUCAGAUGCUUGCCCAGUGGAGAGAGAGGAUGACUUUUCCUUCAUCCAUCAAACCUCAGUCCUCGACUCCAGUGCCCUGAAGACCCGGGUGCAGCUGAGUAAGCGAAGCCGUCGCCGGGCUCCCAUCUCCCACUCCCUCCGGCGCAGUCAGUUCAGUGAGUCUGAGAGCCGGUCCCCUUUGGAAGAGGAGUCACACAGCACAUGGAUGUUCAAGGACUCAACAGAAGAGAAGUCGCCCAGGAGGGAUGAGUCUGAUGAAGAGCCGCCCAAGGUGGAGAGGACCCCUGUCAGCCAUCCGCAGAGGAUGCCUGUGUUCCCAGGCAUGGACCCAGCCGUGCUGAAGGCUCAGCUGCACAAGAGGCCGGAAGUGGACAGUCCUGGCGAGUCUCUCGGCUGGGCACCCCAGCCCAAGACCCCAAAGUCGCCCUUCCAUCCUGGGGUGCUGGGCAGUCGGGUGCUGCCUUCCAGCACAGACAGAGACGAAAGGUCAGAGGGGACCUCACCCCAGUGGCUGAAGGAGCUGAAAUCCAAGAAGAGGCAGAGCCUGUAUGACAGACAGAGUCUGUAUGACAAUCAAGCUUGACCAGAUGGGACAUCACUACACCCAUAAACUCAAGCCUUAACCGCCGGACGUCAGAACCCGAGGCCAAGCCACCCGCUCCUCCCUGGCCAAGCUCACGUGCCUGGGUCUUGCUGCCCUGAAGACACUGUGCUGAGCCCCAUCUGGGUCCCUACAGGAAGACCCUGCUCCAGGACCUGCUCCAGUCCCCAGGAGGAACUUCCAGCUCUCCUUUCAGAAGUGGAUUGGCCUUUGGUGUGACAGUAUGGCCUCUGCAUACACCUCACAGGACCCUCUCAGCUGGAGAAGAGACCCUCCCUGGGCAGCCCUUCUGGAAGGACUUGGACAAGCAAGCUUGAACGGCUCUCAGAUGGCAAGGGUCACUGUCCAAGCAUUACGCCAGUGUCUCCCGGGUUUUGAUUUUUUUUUUUUUCUUUUUGACGGGAUCAUCUUUUCCCACUUAGAGCCUGUGUUCAUAUUUAUAAGCACACACCCAACACCCCCGCCCCGUUCUGUCCGUACACUUACCCUUCCUGUGGGGCUGUGUGCAUGUUGGCCUGUCUUGCAGCAUUCAUGGUUGCUUUAGAGGGAGAUAAAGCAAUAAUGUAGCCAAUCUUCUUUGACACUUGACAUGCGCAUGUAUCUCAGCACGGACGGACAGCAGGAAGGGACAGACAGUAUCCAGUUGCCUCAGGUUGCCUGACCCCUAUCCAUGCCUAUGAAAGCGUGUGAGUCUCACCCUUGUCCAGGGCUGAGUGGCUCUUCUAAUUUCUGUGGGGUGGCCUGCCCCUCAGUCCCAAGUGUCAUGAACCUCAGUCUGAAUGGUCCGUGCCUUGGCCACUCACAUACCAGACCCGAUCCGGGUGUCUUUUUCUUUCUCAUCUUUUCUGAACACCUGUGUCCUGCUGGAGUGAAGCCCCCACUAAGUCAGCUCAGAACAGACACAGCCCUACCCCUGCCAUCCGUGACCCACCUGGCCGAGUGCUGGUCCAGGCCCAUCUGGAUGUUGAUCUAACUGAGAGACUCCUGCAGUGGGAGCCUCAGGCUGGAUCCUGGGCCACAAGGUCUACGAUGUUCUCCUUCGCAUUCUGCUAGCUGAAUGCUCACUCCCGGGAGUCUCAAUCCUUAUGUACUCUGGACACCCACUGGGUCUCGUUUCCUUUUGGAAGUCCUCAAGGCCACAUCAGAAGCUCCAGUACCAGCGGUCACCCCAGACGUGCCAGGCCAGCCGCCCACUGUGCCAGCAGCUUCCAGAGACCUUUCUCCAACCUUGCCUUGGUGACGUGCUUGUGCAGUUCCAAGGUGGUCCAUGGCUGUGGAGGGCCCUGGGUCGGGUGUUCUGAUAGAUGCCUGCCUGGCACUUGUGCCCACCACUGCCCUGGUGUCCUCAGCGGCAAAAGUCGUUCUCUGUAAAUCCGUUACUUGCAAAUGGUGUCAAGACCUGCCUCCCUGUCUUCCCACCUCAGCUCCUCUCUUAAUCUACCCUCUCUGCCCGCUUUCCUGUUGGAAGGGUGUGGUCGCAAAGGAUGGCAGUCUUUGGUAUCACUGGUUUAGGACAGUCACCUGCACCUGGGGGCUGAGGUGUUCAGCACCAAGGAGACUGCAGGCCCAUCCUGCACCCUACCUGCACCCACCUGCACUCCCAUCUGCACCCACCUGUAUCCUACCUGAACCCCCAUCUGCAUCCACCUGCACCUCACCUGUACCCACCUUUAUCCUAUCUGAACCCCCAUCUACACCCACCUGUAUCCUACCUGGACCCCCAUCUGCAUCCACCUGCACCUCACCUGCACCCACCUCUAUCCUAUCUGUACCCCCAUCUGCACCCACCUGUAUCCUACCUGAACCCCCAUCUGCACCCCUGCACUCCCAUCUGCACCCACCUUUAUCCUAUCUGUACCCCCAUCUGCACCCACCUGCACCUCACCUGCACCCACCUGCACCCUACCCUGUGUUCUGGCUACCGACAAGAGCAUAAUGUUCACACUUUCUGCAUUCUCUGCCUUCCCUGAGCUAGUGGUAAGUGGCAUCCCUGAAAUCAUUUGGGGCUCAGUCUCCCCGCAGGCGCUUCCAUAGUUCCGUUUUCUGUGUUGUUCUGUUUUUAGAUCCAUUGUGUAUGCUGUAGCACUUUUGAUCUGGGAGUGGCUUACCAGGGACUCCCUUUAAAACACACUAGCAGGGCUGAGGGUGUGGCUUGGUGGGUGGAGUGUGUGCCCAACACACAGGAGGUCCUGGGUUCUAUUUCCCAGUACCACAUAAAUCAAGUGUGGUA